AAAUUCUAUAAAGAAUGAACAAUAUUACACCCUAAACAUCUAGAUCUGAUGAACAGAUCUUCUUCACGUCUUGUUCGUAAAGUCCACCCUUUUUUGUCGAAACAGAGGCCAGUGGCUUAAAACAGUAUGUUUGACAGGUGGAGACUUUUAGGACACGUAUUUUGAAGCAAACGAAGAAACAUCAUCAAGAUGCACAAAUCUAUCUUACUAUUGAUUUGUAUGUUGAGUUGUCUUCCGCUCUUGUCCAAUGCAUCAAUAUUUUCUAAUAUUCUGGGAGGGGUGGUAUCGGUCGUGAAGUUGGUCAGGGAGGUCAUUGAUAUGUUUACAACUUCUACAGAGGAAAAACAGCUGGAGCAUCUUACCCAAGAAAUGUCAACCUUAAAAAGAGCGAUGAAUUCGAGCAACGGUAGAUUGCUUCAGAUGAUGAAGGAAACUUCUUAUAAAACAGUCCUAACAGAUAGUAUUGACAAAAUUGAGAGCUGCGAAAAAGAUUAUUACAACUAUCUUGCUAACAAAUCCAAUGCAACGAGAAAAAACUUAGAAAAGUGCCAUGAUAUCAUAGAGAACGUACGCACACUGGGUAAAUACCUAUCAGGCAAAUCGAUUCUGAACACUCCACCAUUGUUAGAUCUUUAUAAAGAAAACGGCGUUUGUGAUGGGGCGGUCAUUAAUGGCGUUUUCAAAUAUGUAUUUUCCAACUUGGCUGUUGGAUGCAGUGUGGUGAGAACCACAGAAGCACUUACGCAUGAAAGCAGAACGAAUCUUUAUGACGAUGAAUGCAAAACGAUAAUGAAUGAUGUCCUUAAUUACAUGGAAAGCGAGUACAAUGGCUGCGCACCCAAAUCUUGCAACACUUUUCACAACCAUAUGAAUAAUCAACUUGCAACACACUCGUCACUCACCCUUGGCGCUAUUCAUGGAAAACUCUCUGAAAUGUACCCAUGGUUUAAUUUUCUUGUCUUUAAAUUUGAGAAAGGCGGCAAAGCAACGGAAGCUGGGAACUUUUCGUUAGGGCACGAUGAUGGCAUAUGGCUGCUGGGACAUAGAUACGAUAUAUUUUAUUUCGAUGCACGGAUACAAAUUUCACAACAGAACCAAAAAUACCUACUUCUCAUCGAGGUCCAUGAAAAAUAUUUAAACGGUAGCUAUUUCGGAAACGUUUCCAUGGAAACAACUCAUUAUGCAGGGGGUACCUUCAAAGUUUUUCAAGGAUAUGCCUCCGAAAACAAUGUAUAUUGUGCGAAGCCAAAUACCUACACUGUGGUAGGUGAAGAAGGCAAAGAGGGUAUUCAAAGUAAUGGUGCUGAUCCGCGACGUACUCAACUUCCAGUUAUCUGGUGCAUCCUUAUUGUGUUUUAUUUUCUGUGUGGAUGAACUAAAACCAACUAUGCUUCUAUUCCCGCGAAUGUUAUAUAUUUAAUUAUACUCACGUGCAUUGAUACUAGAUAAGUGAAAUUUAAAAAAAACCUUUACUUCCGGUAAGACAUUGAUUUUUGUCGGAGUUUAGGACAAAUAUAUUCAUAUACCUUUGUCUUAAUAGCGAGAUUAUUUAAAUUGUAAUAUUUGUUCGAUCAUUAUAAGUGAAACCUUUUUUAAUGAAUACUCCAGUUUUGCAGGUAUCAAGAUUAAUACUACAUUUAUUUUUUAAUUAUUUGUUUUAGUUGGGUUUUUUUGUGUUUUAAUUUUAAUUUUUCUGCUGUUUUGUUAAUUUGGUUUUUUUUUGGUUAAAAUGACAGAGAAUAUAUAUACCAAAUCUUUCAAAUGAUGUACAUGUACAAAGGACACUCAAUGUUAUGCUUGUUGUGUAUUUGUUUGAAUUUGAAAAUAAUCCAGAUAUUAUUUCAUAGUCAAAUGUAUCAUUGAACAAUUUUAAUUUUAAAAAAAAAAGGGGCGUUGUUUUAAAAUCAUUUUUGAACAAAAUCGCCAAAAGUAAUAUAUUUAGUAAUAAUAUGUAAACGUGCAUUCCACGAAAAAUUAUUUUUUAAGUUCAAGUAUAUUUAGUUAAUAUUUGACUUACGUACAUUUUUGGAUAAAAAGAAAUUUUUACAGUCAUUUAAUAUGCACGUUGAUACUCUAAUUUUUACAAUGUAUUUAUUUUACUUGUUUCACUUAAUAUAUAUGUUUUAUUAAGCAAAUUAAAAGUUACUAAAUUACUAGUGCUAUAACCAGAGUUAUAUACCUAUUUGUUUUAUUUUAUUUAACAAUUAUUUUAUUAUGCAAAUAAAUACAUAAUAGGAUUGGAAAUCAGGCUAUGCCUAUUUUAGUCCUCUACCCAAGGAUCAAAGUUACAACUGAUAUUCCAGUUACAUUUGAAUUAUAUAAGAAUAAAAGUUGCAGGAUAUAAUAAGUUCAUAAUAUAAUAUGAAAAUGUAGCAUUUAAGAAGUUGGAAUUCAUGUAGGAUUAAGAACAGAGAAAAAAAAUAAAGAACAACCAAAAAACCCCAAAACAAAACAAAUCAAAACAAAGAACAAAAAAAAAAAGAAUGGAAGAAAAAAAUGACAAAAAUUGGGGUCAUAUAAACAAUUGAAAAUAAGAAAAAUUGUAAUGAUAGUGAAUAGCUUAUAUAAAGUAUAUGAUAAAAAUAAGAGGAAAAAGAUAUUGAGUGCAUGUAUAUAUAUACUGAAGUAAAGUUUAAGAUGAUAUUAUACACAAGAUUAUUAAUAGCAGGUACAAUUUAGAAUCUUUUUUUUUAAUGAACUGCUUGAAAAAUUGAGCAGUUGGUUUUAUAGGGAAGUUGUCUAUCGCCGAAAAGUAAAACAUGUAAUACUUGCUUAUGAUUGUGAUUGUUUAGGUUUAUAUUAUUUUGAAUACUGGUAAUAGGGAAUGUUCUGUGAUCAAUGUAAGCUGGACAAGCAAGGAAAAAAUGAAGAUUGUCUUCAAGUGUGUGACCACAAUUAUUACAAGUUGAAGUGUCACUUAAAUGUUGAUUAAAAAGGUAAGCUUGUAAAUUACUGGAUUUACCGGUAUUUAUAAGUUUACAGUGAGCAAUAUUUUCUUUGCAAUUUCCAUAAUUGUAAACUAUUUGUUUAUCUAUAUCGACAUGCAUGUAUAUCCUUUUUAGAGGAACUAAUACUGUUUGAGCUCAAAAUAAAAAAAAAAAUUAGAAAUGCUAGUAUCGGAUUUUUAAUGCCUCGUCAAAAUGUGAAAGGUCAUAUACUGAGUUACAAGCAAGACUCAGUUUGAAAUUCUUAGUUAUGAUAAAGGCCCAAGCUAUAUUAUUGUUAAUAUAUGUGGGGGUUUUUUUUGGUAUAAGUUUUCAAUGUUGCUUCUUCUGUUGAUAAUAUUAUUCAUGAACACAUAUAAAUAGUUUAUCUUGUUUGCCAUAAUUCAUUUUGUCAAAGAAAUGGUUAUUCCUUACUUAACGUUAUUUGUAAACAAAUAUAUGUCUGGAGCUUUGUUUACGUAACAAUGAUUUCCUCCCUUUGUUAUUCAAUUGUAACUUAACUUCCAAUAUUUAAUUUUUGUCAGUCAUUCAAAUUGCACCAGUUAAUAAAAAAUAAAAUAAAAUUUAGAUUUCAAAGCGUAUGCAACCCCCUUUUAGAUCCAAAUAAUUCUCCUCAAGUCACGAUAGCUAUCUAAGCAAGUCAAGAUAACUUUCAUGUAAAUUCGACAAACUCCCAUCUUAUAUGGGUUUGUUUUUUUUGUUUUUGUUUUUGUUUUUUUUUUAUUAAAAAUGAGUUUUUUUAAUUUAAUGAGGGAUUUUUUUUCGAAUUGACAAGUUAACUAUCUGGUAUCUCGAUUAAAUAUUGCCCUGUAAUAUACUAGUAAACGUCUGUAAUGUGUGAAAAUGAAAUGAAUUUAAACACUAAAAUUUGAUAUUAAAAACCUAAUUUAUUUACCUAAGCAUGUUGCGUUAAAAUACUACAUUGAAAAUAUCUUUGAUAUUAAAAUCAAUACGUGCAUGUGCUUGUUACUACAUUUAAUUCCCCUUAGAUGGCGUUACUUUAGUCAUUCUUAAUU